GGCGUGAGUGUGAGCGGUAUUUCAAAUGUCUGCGUGUCGAAUGGGUAUUCUACGAUGUGGCGUUACGUUUCGUUGUUUUCAGGAGCCAGGAAGUAUUGUAGCACACAAUCGAACUAUAUGUUAAACGAAUUGUGCAUAGUCGUUGAUAAAUUUGAUCAUGUUCUUGGGUUUGCUAACAAGAAGUGUCUAGACAUGUCAUGAAGUACUGUUCGGAAAAUCGUUACUACAUCGGGCCUUCAGCCUAUUCCUUUUUCAGGAAGAUAUUAGUAGUGAAACAAAUCACAGAAACCUUAGGCUACUAGUCCAAAAACGUUCAGCUAAUAAACUUACGUUCCCAUCUCUGUGGUCAAAUACUUGUUGCAGUCAUCCUAUCAUGAAUUUUCCUGAUGAACUUAUCGAAUCGGAUGCGAUAGGGGUAAAGAAAGCUGCACAAAGAAAGCUGUUCCAUGAACUCGGCAUCAACAAUACUUUUGUUCCAUUAAAUCGGAUACACUUCUUAGGUCGAGUGCUAUAUACAGCUCCAAAUGAACCAUGUACGCAAACUGCAUUCGCAGAACAUGAAGUGGACUACAUUCUUGUCAGCGUGCUAGAUCCAGUUGCCACUCGAAAUCUUGCAGAUACAGACUUAAUGAAACUAAAUCCUGAUGAAGUCAGUGACGCUCGUUGGAUGGCUUUUAGUGAUUUCAACUAUAUGAAAUGUUCCCCGAGAGAUCAUAUAAGCACAUCAAAAACUUCAGACUCCGAUUUCUGCAGAUCAUCCAUCACCCCUUGGCUACGUGGUCUUCUUGCACGCGGUCUCUUGCAAAAAUUAUUUAGUUGGGCAGAAGCAUCAUGUGGUAAUCACUUGCAGGAACGUUUUUUAACUGAAGACCAAUCCUGGGAUAGAACUAAAAUAAUACAUUUAUCUUCCGAGGACGUACAAUAAUUUGUAUUGUUUCAUUUCGUACGGUCUAUACCUUACUAUAAUAUAAUUUCCAAAAAAGCCUGUGUUCUAACUGUCCUAAUGAUGUUGUCUUCUUGUUCUUUUUUGUGAUCUGUUUAUGUUAAACAACUAUUAUUUAUAUGUCCUAUCUAUGUUUUCGAUGUGACAAGAGAGUUAAGUCAAAUGAGGUGUGUCGACCGAAUCUUGUUCUAAUACCUUCUCCAAAACCAUACCUUUACUCAGUGGUAAAAUUUCAUACAACUAGAUGUCUAACUGCUAGUCCAUAUAAACUUCAGGUCACGUUUGUGAUACUACUCAACUUUACAGAUGGAAAUAGAUAAUCAUGGUCCAAACAUAUUAUUCACAGGUUGAUUCAUUUAACUACUAAUUCACCCCAUCACUUAUCAGCAAACAUAGGUUUCUAAUUAAGCUAUAUAGUUAAUUCUUAUACUCCAUUUCAGUUUUGAUACGUUCCGAUCGCAAGCCAGUCUUCUGAAUCAGUGAUUGAAGGAACUGGGACAACUGUUGCAUAUGUCCAAUUAACAUCCUACAUCUGUGCACAACAUUAACUGCGUUGGAAGUAGGUCGAGAGAAAGCUGUGGGUGUUCAAAGCAAGAUAUAGCAUCAAUCCCCUAGGUCAUUGAUGACUAAUAGGUGCAGAUUAUCUGGUUGGAGCCCGCAUGGUAAUCGUGCUCAUUGGUUUAAAAAACUGACGAACAUAUCUCAUUAAACAAUGGCGUAGAGUUUCAAUGUCGUUUCGUACCUUUUAUUCCCUUAUUUCAUUUAUGGCAGAAAGUAUUUUCAGGAAGACCAUAUUAAAUCGAACAAAAAUUUUGUACUUCCUAGUUCUGAUUACCAUUAGUACAUAUUUAUGAAUGUUGCUAGGCUAACUACGGCAACCGCUUGUGGGAAUUUUAUAUUAUACCCGUCAUGUUCCAUAAGUCGUGUCCCAACUUUUCUGCCAGGUUUCUUUUUUAGUUGUUAUAUUCAUCAAUGUAUAUAAUAACUUGGCUUGUACAUUGGUUGCAUUACAUAAUCUCUAUGCCAUUUGAAUUUAACAGUUAUUUGAAACUCCUCCCUGCAACUAAAUAAACCGUAUUAAACUUCAACUGAAACACUAGUUGGAAUUCUUUCUCCCUGUGGUUAUACCUUUGUUCCUGCAAUAAACCUGCUGAUGCAAAUGCAAUUGGAAAUCAACUCAUACGGACAGCAUACUCACAUAAACGUUAACCGACUUUCUAACUUAAACCAAAGAUGAUACCAAUAUCAACAUUUUUGCAACUUUGAUUGUUUUUUAUCAUUAAGCUCAAAAUACUUAUACUACCCACAAGUAAAGUAAUUAACCAAUGGUUAUUACUAUGUAUCUUAAUGAAACUUGUUAAAAUAUCUGAAUACUGAGUCAUUCUUCAUUAUUAUAAUCCCACUUUACUUGUUGUGUAAAUAAUGUUCAUGUAGAUUUUCAUUGUAAGCGUGUUAAGCAUAAACCCAAACAUUCUGGAAUUAUUACAUGUAUUUCCCGAUCAGUUGCUGCCACCUUUUAAACACACAAUAGGGAUAAAUUAGAGUAGCUUAUUCAAUUGAUCAAGUGGAAAUGUGACACUGAUUCAUGUAAUUAAUUGCUGCUAUAUAUAUGUUUAUAUAUAUGCUUUUUUGAUGUUCAUGUUUUGUAAGAAAUAUUUGUCAUAAUCCCGAGGUAAUACUGUCUAAUUUUGGUUACUAAGACACGGACGGGUUCUGUAUUUUUAAUAUACCAUCUACCUAUUCAUAUCUAAUUUAUUCUAGUUUACUUGACCCAUUUUCUGUUUUUGGUCUUGUGAAGUGCUGUAGCCUGGUGGAUAGCAGUUUCUCUCCCGGUUCCACACUAUUGUUUUUCAUCUUCAUAAAAUAAAUGUGAAUGUAUAGAUGAAAUCAUUUACAACCUUUGAAAUACAAAUUUAUAAAGCCAGAACAGCAUGUAUGUAUGCUGCUGGAUAUUUAUAUAAUAUGCAGUGUACAGUACUAUUUUAACCAUACGAUCUGUCAUUUAUACUCUUUAUUGAAAUAUCCUUGUAGAAUUAUUCUUAUUUGAUUUCCUGGUUCAGUUAAGUUAGAUUAUUAAUUUAUAAAAAGUGUUCUUCUUCAGUACAUAAUUUAUGCUUAAUUCUUUGCGGUUUGGUUAUGUUUUUCAGAUUUUUUUCUGACUGUGACUCAUAUUCCGGUGAAAAUCUUCAUGAUUAUUGGAACUGUGACUCCAAAAACUCCUAUAACAUCUGUUGUAGAUAGCUGUCAGACGCCUAGCCUAACGACAUCGUCGGUUCCUGUAUCUUCAGGUUCUGAGAAUACUAGUGGUGUGCUUCUUAGCAAUUUAUGGACUCAGCUUGACCACAUUCAAUCUACAAUUCCGGACAGAUUAUCGGUUGCUAUGUUAGAGAGUGCUGGUGUGCAAAUGGAAAACAGCGACCCACGACUUGCCCGUUUAAUCAGUCUAGCUGGUCAAAAAUUUCUGACUGAUAUCCUUUCUGAUGCUAUGCUUCAUUGGCGCCUUGCAAAUGGACAACCUACUGGGCUGCUAAACCAUCCUAGUGUGUCCACAUUUAUACCAGGUCAAGCAUCUAAUCCGUCCUCCAUAAAUCCUAUUACAACACCAACGAGCAACCCAAGUCAGUCUAUUCCACAAUCUCCAUCAUCUACUUGAUCUUCUUAGCUUUCUGCUGCCAGGUUUUCCAUUUCCGACCUGUGUUACAUACUACUUAUGUCGACAGACAUAAGUAGCAUACAUCACAGUAUAAUAAAAUGGUUUCGAUUGUCUAUUCUUAUAACUUAGUCCCAAACAAGGUUCUCGUUGAAGAAUAAUGUAUUGAUAGCGGUAUUUGUUUUCCUCUUGUAUUAUAAUAUACAAACCAGUCUGAUUGCUUUUUAAAAGUAAAACCUGGGUAAUACUAAUACUAUUAAAUUUUGUUUUAAAUUCGCACCAUUCAUGUCGACGUUCUAAGCAGAAUAGAAGUUCGUGGUAGUCUCUGAAUAUAACACUGUGGCAUGCUACUCACUUUUUACUUUAAUGCUUUAGCUUUAUUAUUGUGUUUAAGUCUUGGCCAAGAUGUUAAAAUGCCACUUCAUUGUCAUGUGCGAUCUCUUUAAGACGACUAUUUACUUGUUUCCUGUCCAUGAAGUUCCACGUCUCUCCUGUUAAUGAUGGUAGCAUAAAAACUAAAAAAUUCCAAUAUGAUGGCAGAAAUGUCAUUGAGCAAACCAGUUUUACGUUCGUGGUGGUCUAAACAUCUGGUAUACUUAGGAAACUCAUUGCAAAUUUUAGUGAAAAAAUAUUGAGUUUUCCGUCUUUAGCUCCAAGCAGUGUUUCACUUGAAGUUGCAUACAUCAUUUCGUGAAAGCUAUUCAUGCAAGAGAUCGAUAUUCCAACCACAAAACUGUAAACCUAUAUUGGUGUUGAUACCAGAUCACCUACAGAAAGGCAUCACGCAAUUACAUAAAUCUAGUUUCGUGGACAACAGAGUGUCAUCAUUGAAAGACUAUUUCACAGAUGCUUGUUGGCAGCAAUUAACCGGUAGGACAGAUAUAAAAGGCCCCAUAAAAGUGAGAAAUCGGUGUGAGGAACGAUGUAUUUUUUUUCAUCGCUUUGUCUCCGACAGAUUCCGACCUGGAUGCGACCAAUAAUGAAUUUUGCCACUAGUUAAGUGUCCUGCAGAAAGUGCGUCCGACCGAUGCUGUAGGACUAGCCAGAGACCUGAAUGCUCAGAUCUAGCGUCUAGGCACAGAAGAGAUUUGUUUAGGUGGCCGAUGGAAACUUAUUGGUUGACGCUCCACAAAUCACCAGGCCUAGAUAACUUACAUCCUACAGAUACUUGCGACCGGGUUAAGGAACUGACUGAAAUGUUUGCAAAAGUUUGGAAAUUAGAGAGUGCUCCAACACUGUGGAAUGAGUCGAUAGUUCGAUCCUUUGUUCAGGACUCUCCUGGGAUUGUUUAUUGAAAAAGAGUGUGCCUGAGAAGUUUACUAACAUCUUGAAAGCCCUAUAUAUAAACACCUCAGGCAGAGUGAGGGUGUAUAGCUACCUCUUCCCAUUGCUUCAUUCAAGACAGUGUUACCUAAUCUUACUGUCCCUCUUCAAGUUUGCUAUCGAUGAUGUUCUGGAAAGAGCUCUGAUUGAUGUAGAUAAUGGUUUUUUGGCUCCAUUGCCUGGAGAAAGACUUCUCGACCUUGAGUAUGUGGAUGAUGUUGUCUUACUGUGCGAUGAUACUCAAUCCAUAGAAUCCGUACCUAGUUAGUUGGCAGUCAGUGUCCGUAAGUAUGGCAUGUGUUUUGCACCUUUAAAGUGCAAAGUACUCUUACAAAACUGGCAGGACCCUGAACUCACGCUGAAUAGUGAGUAAAUAAUAGUCGAUAAGUUCGUGUAUCUGGUUAGCUGCGUAAGUGCUGGCGAUGGCGUGAGUGAUGAGAUCAAUCCAUGUAUGGUGAAAGCCAGAGCGGCUUAUACCAAUCUGGGCCAUCUUCGGUGCCUUCAUGAUGUCAGUCUGUCUAUGAGAGUCGGAUCUACAACGCAUCAGUGGGCGCAGUUUGGCUCUAUGCUUAUGGGGUUUGACCUCUCCAAGUUGAGGAUGUUAGAUGACUCUCUGUGCUUGAUUAUCGUUGUCUCUGAAGGAUUGCUGACAUGUAGUAGCAGCACCAUGCUAGUAAUGCAGAGGUUCUGCAUCGUGUAUUCGGAUACAACGACGAUAAUUCCAUCGGUGUCUCUAUCUUGAAACAUCGACUUCAGUGGCUUGGACAUGUCUUACGAAUGUCGUCCCAGAUAAUUCCACGUUGUGAAUUGUUUGCUUACGUUGGGAUUGGUUGGAAAAAGCGGAGAGGUGAUCCAUUUAUGACAUGGUGUCGUCGUAUGUAAGAAAGCUGUACUAGACUGGCUUCUAUUAGUCCCUCACAACCUUAGCUGAUGCAUUAAUGUGGUGGGCGAACUUGCUUAUCGUGAUGACUCAAUCCAGCCAUACUGACCGAAACAUAUGUACCUUUAGGUCUUACCAUACCAGACAGGUCGGGUGGAGAACGGACUAAAGGCAGCAAUGUAAGAUACGUGGACGAAGUCGUACUGUUGACUGUAGAGAAGUUUGAGAGCGGUACAGCGUUUCCCUCGGACAUAAGCAUCUGCAGCGAUGCUGUUUUCUCACAAUGGAAAGAAGGCGUUAUAAAGGGUUGACCUUAAAAAUGUCAUGCCUCACUCCUUUUCACGAAUUUCUAUUUCCGGCGGCAAGGCAUUUUGUGGUGCGGAGCUAACACUUCAAAAAACUCGCAUGAAAAGUUCGUACGUGACCAGCCUUCAACAGUUGUCCCGUUUGCUCUGUGGAUACGUUCAUACGUCACUAAGACCACCAAUAACCUAGCUUUCUUUUCAGAAACCUCAAGGAAUAUCCUUCCACGAUGUAGGAAUCCGGGAAUCGACAACUGUCCUCAUACCCCUCAUCACUCGAGAUCAUCUUUUUAACAACCAAAUCCCUGCCUCACCACUUAAUAAUUCCCACAUCCCCUCGACUUACCCUGCUUGUACAUCUUAGUCACCACACACGACCAAUGCUGAUGAUUUGACUUCAUGAAAUUUUUUUCCUGGUAUCUCGAAACCACUCUAAAACUAUGUGUUGGAGCUUUUCAUGUUCAAACAUUGUGUCAAAUGGGAUAACAGGCUUCUUUAGUUAGAAUUCUGGAAUAUUGUGCCAUCGUUGUAUGUUGUGUCUUCGAAACGCUUAUACGGGAUUCAAGUACAGUCAUUCGCUUGACCUCAAGUUUUUAAUAUAAAGAAACGGCAUGAUAUACUCUUUCAGUGUCUGGAGACUCAACUGCUACUUCCCGUGGUAUCGUUGGUAUAAGUUUAGCAUUAAGUUCAGCAGCAGAGCAGGCUCUCUUAUACUGGAUUACAAAGACAGUCGCUUAAGCGCUGUCCAACUAAACGGAACAGUAAGGACUCAGAAAGAUAGGGACGCACGACAUUGCCUUAUCGUUGUCUCUGCCUACGCUUCCACUGAUUGUAGCUCGGAUAAAGUUAAUGAUUCUAAUAGGAAGCUUUACAAUCUCCAAAAAGCUAAGCGCUCUGAUGUAGUAAUAGUGGCAGGUGAUUCCAUUGCUCAAGUAAGUAAACUAAACCAAACCGAAAGGCAUUUAGGUAGAUCUUACAGUGUUGCAGCUCAGUGAACAGAUAAUGGCGACCGUCCGGUGCAUCUGUGCUCAGAUAACCGCUUAUUUCUAGUAAGCACCAACUUUAAUCAUAAAGAAAAAUGUCUUCGGACAUGGUGAACCCCACGACCGACUCAAUGAUGGACUCAAAUAGAUCACAUUGUCACCAGUCAUUGUUGUAGAUGUUCGAUUGAAGACUGUCGUUCAUUCUGGAGCACAUUAUUAGACUUGGAUCAUGUUCUAAUUCAAGCACGUGUUUGUAUGCGUCUUAGUGGACGUGGGAAAGCCACAUCAAGAAAACCCACUUGAGUCCAACUUAAUGAUGAGAAAGUUAAGAAUAUACUUCUGGAACAACUAGAAAAGGAACUAGUCAACCAUGAAAAUUGUACCGACCCUAAGGUAGCUUAAGUAUAAUAUCCAAAAAGCUGUGGAAAUAACAGUGACAUCUACUAGUAACUUAAACCAAAACGUUAGGAAGAAUCAGUGGAGUUCAGUGGCGUCUACACGACCGAUAGAUACUCGGAAACUAGUCCCAUCUGCGUCAGAACACGAGGAGAAGCGGAGGUAGCUUAAAUGUAGGCUGAUAACGAAGCUUACGCAGUGAUGAUGAGCAGUGGUGUAUAGCGAAAGCAGAAGCGGUGAAAAAGGCAGCAGCGAUAGGUAACAGUAGACAACUGUCCAGAAUUAACAAGGAAAUGGGUAUUAAAGAUACUGCUUUUAGUGAAACUAUAUCGGAAGGAGACGGGACUAUUGCUCACUUUCAAUCCAAGGAAUUGGAUCGAUGGACGAAACAUUUUAGGGAACAGUUCAACUGGACUUCAGCCACACUUCCGCUACCGAUUAUAUCCUCCAACUCUUAGUGAGGUUGAAAAGGCUAUAAGUAAUCUAAAGCGAGGGAAGGCGGCAGGGCUUGUUGGACUAACCACUGAGAUUUUUGAGGAUUGUGUUCCAGUCUUAGCAGUUAGAUUAACUGAAAUGUCAGCUAAAAUCUGGGAACUGAGCGUAAUUCCACCAGACUGGUCUCGGUCGCCGAUCGUCUCAGUUUACAAGAGAGGACAAAAAUCCCCCUGUGACAGUUACAGAGGAAUCAAUUUCACCAAUACAGUGCCUAGAAUAUUAGCCCCAAUAAUGAUUCGACAUCUAACUAGAACACGUGCAGAGUGAACUCGAGAAAAAACAGACUGGUUUCAGACAUGGACGUGGAUGUAUAAAUGCAUAGACCAACUAUUCACCCUUCGGCAGAUUCUGGAACAUAAACAUACCUUUCGACAUGUAAUAAUCGUUGUAUUUCUUGAAUUUAAGGAGGCUUUCGAAUUUGUUGAUAGUGAGGUUCUGUGGUAGUGUUUACCAUUGAAAGGCGUACGAAGGAAGCACAUUAAGCUUAUACAGGGUCUCUACUCGUAUCACACUGGUCGGGUCAAAGCUUAUGGUGAAUUGUCAUCAGAAUUGGCUGUUUCAAUGGUGUUUGUCAAAGUUGUUCACUUUCUCACUCAUCUAAUUUUUCCAUAGAUGGACAUGCUUUUAGAAACAACGCCCAUAGUCUGACUUUUCAGGAGUUGAUCUUCUACCAGGAGAUUCACUUGCUGACUUAGAAUACCUAGAUGGUAUAGUUCUGUUUUAUGAAGAUGCUAACAAAACGCAGUCUUCUGACCACAUUUAGCAACAAUGCAAGUAUGUGUGGGAUGUGAUUCUCUCGCCGUAAAUGUAAAAUUUUGCUUCUGAAUUGGCUUGUGUCAUCGCCUGAAUUAAUGAUAGGGAUUAAAGUAGUUGGACGUAUUGACCGCUCCAUUUAUCUUGAGUCUCAUCAGUCUAGAUGGUCUGGUGUCUGAUGAAAUCUCUAUGCGGAUUCAGAAGGCUUGACUGACUUUUGCCAACUUGUGUCACUCGUGACUUAGGCAAGAUAUCCGUCUUCUAACGAAAUGGCGAGCUUACUGCGCAUCGGUUUGCUCCAUCCUACUUUAUGGGUGUGAAACAUGAGCACUAAGAAUAGAGAAUAUUCAUAGGUUACUAGUGUCCGAUGAUAGAUGUCUCCAAAGGAUUGCUUGAGUAUUUUAGGAGCACUGAGAAAGCAAUGCCUGGAUUAGGAAAAUGAUGCUAGGAAAGGAUGGAGAAUCUAUUGAUAAGGUGGUAAAUCUUCAUCAACUGAGGUGGUUGCGACAUGUGUUACGUACCCCCAACCACCACCUACCUUAACAGGCGAUAUUGUGUGGUGUAGAAUUAGUCCGGGAGAAAGCUAGGGGCGACCAAACAAAAAUACAACAUUAGUCCAUAAAGUCAUUGACUGUUGGAUUGAGCCAUACUCGAUAGGUGAAGACUACUUGGUUAAGGUCUGUGUGAUUAUCGUAACCAGUGGUUCAAAAUUGUUUGCAACGGCGCAAAUGCAUUCAUUCUUUAUCCUCCUCCCGAAUUCCGAGAUUCAAAAUUCCUCACAAUAUUUUUGUUUUCAUUUCGCUCAUUUAUAUUUAAUUUUCCAGUUGUAUCUCCGAUACUCAACUAUACUGUUUUGGGAUUUGGCCUGACAACUUCAUGUCGCUGAUAAUUGGGUAUGACAACUUGAACCGAUGUACAAAUGUACAGGUUUUACGUUGUGACUAAUUGACUGACUAUGAAUAAAUAAAAAUCUUAAAAACGUCUUUAAUGAACAGAAAAACAGGUGGAAAAGAUAGUAAUAUGUUGAGUGAGUUACAUUUCGAAAAAUACCCUCACACAAUUCAAAUGAAAUUUGUGUGGCGCAUAUUUAUUUGGUGCCUCUUUGUAUCAAUGUCUAUAUGUUCAAAUAAUAAUAAUAAUUAGAAAAAAACGAGUAACUUAGAUCUCCACAGAAUAAUCCUACGAGCUAAGCGAUAAUAAUGUUAUAGUUCUUUAUCUCGUUUGUAAUUUUUAAUUCAUAUAAAUGUAUCUAAUCGUACCUUUGGUUUCACUGAUUUAAUUUCAAAAAUUAAAACAAUUUUCGACCAGUUAUUUAAAUCAACUAUAUCGAAUUUCGUUCUUAGUGUUAAAAUCAUCCUAUUACACUUUGUGUCAAUUCCUAUGAUCUCUAUAAUAUGUUGUUUUCUAGGUGGAAAACCUGGGACCAAUAAAUUUCCCACAGAUCGUCGCGCCACUCUUACACUGGAAGAUUUAAUUGCUUCAUUGAAUGAUAGGGGUAUUCAUGUUGCCAAACCGCCUUAUUAUCGGUAGAUUGUAUACUCAAUAAGUAUUGUAAAUUUUCUUUCACUUUUGUUCUUUCUUUUAUUUUUCUGUUUGAUUCAAUUUUACUAAAAUGUUUAACAAACAUUUUAAUGUUCUUUGAUACAAAGCCAAAUCUACCUAUUCCUCUUGUCCACCAAGAAUCAAUUUUAACAUAAACAUUUUAGUUCACUUUAAUGUUACCUUGAAACGAUUGAAUAAAAACGUAUAUUUAUUGCAAUUAGUGAGAAUUUGUGUUUUUCCGUUGUUUGAUAUUCAAGACUUAGCUUAUUCAGUCUAUUAGAUGGUGAAUUUUUUGAGCGAAUGCCUGUAGGUACAAGUUUAUUAUAUAUAUUUCUUUCAUUUGUUCUGGGUUUGAGUUCCGAAUAGACUUAAUAAUGCAUCUUGGAUCCCACUGGUGUCCACUAUACAAAAAUAUCAAAUAAUACGCUGUUAUCUUUCAGUGAUUUCUACUCGAAAGUACUAUAUUUCUUAUGAUUAAUAAAUUAAUUAAUACUGAAAUUGUAAGUUGUUAGUGGUUAUCAUAGAUGCUUACUGUAAGUCAGUUAACGACAUAUGUAUUAGAGCCAUAUAGUUGUUUACACUUUUCCACAACACAAUGUCCUAACCACUAGACCACAGCACUAAGCAACAAUGCCAGAAUGUUUGGAAUGCGCUUCUCUCCCUCUA